AGCCACCAGGAGAAUAAAUGGCUGCAUUCUGGAUAAUCGCCUCCAACCUGAGCUCCUUCUUCCUGGCACAUCGGAGUGACCAGUCCACAGCAACUGCCUGAGCCAUGAAGCUGGUGAUGGUCCUCAUGCUGGCCGCCCUCCCCCUGUACUGCUAUGCAGGGAUUGGCUGCGAUCUUUUGGAUGAUGUGGUCAAUACGACCAUUAAUCCUGAUGUGAAUGUGACUGAAUACAUCGAUAGCCUCAAAGGCUUCUUACCAGACGAAGAAACCGAAAAGGCCUUCACAUUCAUGAAGGAAUGCUUUCUCCAUCAGAGUAGAGAAUCUCUGGAGAAGGUCCAAGAGCUGCAGCAAGCAAUAUACAGCAGCGUUUGGUGUGCUCAGUACUAACUUCCACACGACCUCAGAGAUUAUCCACAAACCGACUGUUCACAGGUAGAAGCCACAGCUUAGAUUUCCUUCUUCAUCUUUGGAUCUACAAAUGCAAGACAAUUGUUGAAACCUCACAUACAUUUCCAUUUCAAUAAAGUAUCUGCAAAACGAAA